CAAGUUUCGAACUCUCUGCGCAUGCUAAUGGGGAUACGUAACUUCUUACACAAGACUUCAUUUGGAAAAUAUGCUAUUUAACGUCGCCUCGCUUAAAGAGAACAGACAAGACGUACAGUGGCAUAAAUACGACUUUUCACGAAUGUGCUAAAGAUACUCGUUAAUUCGGGAUACACAAAAACGUGUUGGCGGACAAGCAGGAAUUUGUUUAUCAAGAGGUUGUACGAGGUGGCAGAUGCAGCAGAGUGGCCCUUCAUCUCCCAGCUGCUCCACCUCUGACUGCUUCCCCCUCCGUACCCUCAACACAGCUGCAUGUGGAAGUGAGACUAUGGCUGAACCGCAGAAACGCGAACCUGCAGAUCUCUCCAGGAUGAGACCCAUCGUGAUCUUCUAUGGAUUCUACCUGCUGUGCUUCGGCCUGGGUGUGGCCUGCGUGGUGUGCGUGUGCCUGUGGAACAGCAAGUGGCGCGGCGGUUUUGCUUGGGACGGCUCGUCGCUUCAGUUCAACUGGCACCCCGUCCUGAUGGUGACGGGUCUGGUGGUGGUGUAUGGCAACGGAGCUGUGUUGUACCGCAUCCCUCUGACCUGGGGUCAGAAUAAGCUCCCGUGGAAGCUCCUUCAUGCGGCACUGAUGCUCCUCGCCCUGGUGCUGUCGAUCGUGGGGCUCUGUGCUGUGUUUGACUUCCACAACGCCCAAAAGACACCCAACCUCUACUCCAUACACAGCUGGAUCGGAAUCGCAGCAACAGCUCUUUUCGCAAUGCAGUGGGUGGCGGGUAUGGCGGGUUUCCUCCUUCCAUGCUCCCCCAUAUCUUUACGUAAACGCCUGAAACCCAUGCAUGUGUGGUUGGGAGGUAGCAUACUGACGCUCAGCAUCGCUGCCUGCAUCUCUGGCAUCAACGAGAAACUCUUCUUUGUUCUGAAAGGAAUCAAUAUGACUCAGCCAUACUCUGCCCUUCCACCUGAGGCUUUGUUGGGAAAUUCAUUAGGGGUUUUGAUCGUAGCCUUUGGCCUGGUUGUCCUCAAGAUUCUGUCCACCCGAGAAUGGCAGAGACCAGACUCCAGGCCUGAGGAUAUGGCCUACACGCCUUUGCUUCAAGAAGAAAAUGAAUGAAGGGGAACUUCAGAGCUGCUCCCUGAAUUACUGCAAAAUCAGUUCAGCUGUCACAAGUGGCCGAAACAUCUCUGUCCUGAAUGUUGAAGCAGCUGCCUGUAGUGUGUGAGCACUAUCUGUUGGUUUUUAGUUGUAAAUAUUUAUUCGAAAUUAUAUUUAAGAUUGCCUUUCUGCCCAAAGAAUAAAAAGUAUUUGUCAUCAAAGCUGU